CUCCUCGGUGUAAAGCGGCUUCCUCGUUCAACAAACCUGUCGACACCUGCGACAACAACGAGGAUUUUCUUUUCACCUGCGACGUUAACGAUGGCUGCGGCCGAGCACCGGGCUUUCUCUUAACGGUUCUUCCAGCGGCCCGGCUCGGUGAUGUUUCCCCCCGCAGAGAAGCUGUCUGCUUCGGGCUGAGUUUUCGGCAUGACCGGGAUGAAGAUAGAUCUGCAAAAAGUGUCAAUACCGGUUUCAAAAGUCAGCAUCUUAUUACCUUGCGAUCAAGAUUUCCAAUACAGAUUUUCAAAUGAAAAUGGAGGAUAUGCCCCUCUCAGGCCCAGACAACACCAAGCUGGAGGCCUUGGUCCAUGACAUCUACUCUGAGCUGGUGGAAGAUGCCUGUUUGGGCCUGUGUUUUGAGGUGCAUCGAGCUGUGAAACAGGGCUACUUCUUCUUGGAUGAAACGGACCAAGAGAGCAUGAAGGAGUUUGAAAUUGUGGAUCAGCCAGGAGUGGACAUAUUUGGGCAGGUGUACAAUCAGUGGAAGAACAAAGAGUGCGAGUGUCCCAACUGUAAAAGAUUGAUAGCAGCUUCUCGCUUCGCGCCACAUUUGGAGAAAUGUCUCGGCAUGGGACGCAACAGCAGUCGCAUCGCUAACCGCAGGCUAGCCAGCAAUAACAACAUGAGCAAAUCAGAGAGUGAUCAGGAGGACAACGAUGACCUGAAUGACAAUGAUUGGUCGUAUGGAGCAGAAAAAAAAGCCAAAAAGAGAAAGUCCGAUAAGAAUCAGAAUUCCCCGAGAAGAUCCAAAUCUCUGAAACACAAAAAUGGUGAACUUGGGAGUAGCGUCAGUUCAGAGCCUUACAAGUACAACUUUAAUACCGGCAUCAGUUAUGAGACUUUAGGCCCUGAUGAAGUCAGAUCCCUUUUAACAACGCAAUGUGGGGUGAUCUCAGAGCACACCAAGAAGAUGUGUACCAGGUCUCAGCGAUGUCCCCAGCACACGGACGAACAGAGGAGGGCCGUCAGGGUGUUCCUCCUGGGGCCGUCCGCGCCGGCGCUGCCUGACGCAGACGCUGUGGUGGAGAACGACGGCUUCGACAUUCCAGAUGGACAGACCUUAAUGAGCCGCCUGCAGUGGGAAGACUCUCCUGAUAUCUCACCCACGGACUCUGCCUCAUCUAAAGCCAGCACCAACCAUGCAGAUUCCCGCAGGCCCAAGAAGAAGAAGAGGCCGUCUCUUGGUUUGAACAGUGCAGGAGGUGGAGGAGGUGGAGGAGGAGUAGGAGGAGGAAGCUCAAGUCUGACUGGGGGCAGCAGCAGCUCUCAGAGUAAUAUCAGUCUGUCAACCAAAAAAAAGCGGCCCAAACUCUCCGCACCGUCUAUUUCGAGCAUCUACGAUGAAUUAAACUAGCACAGACCUGCUUGUCAGACCA